AUGUUGUCCCCAGGCGUAAAAGAACGCAUCGGCGUUGUGUUCGAGGUAGUAAAGACCUCCUUUCAUUGGGGUUUCAUUCCAACGUUGCUGUAUUUAGGAUUUCGCAAAGGAUCGGAGCCCGGCAUGCCGCCACUAACAAUAGCAAAUUUAUUAUGGUAA